UCUCAUUCAUGUUUUAUAAUCCAAAAUCUUCGCUUGCAACUUUCUCCAACCAUUUUUCUAGGGUUCAUAAUCUCGUUGAAGAAAAAUGGCGAAAGUUGUAGCUUUUAGUAGCACUCAUCAAAUGAGUGGAGGCUCCAAAGCUAAUAAGAGAAAGACUCCCAUUGAACUUAGAGGAGAACAAUUGAACAGGACUAGUUUUGUUGACCAAGCUAAAGAGUCUUUUGAUGCUUUACGCCCUUGCAAAAGUAUUGAGAGGGAGUAUGUGUUUAAGAAGCAAGAACAGUUGAAUAAUCCAAAAUACAUUGAGCUGCGUAUGGAUGAACUCUAUCCUGUCAAAAAGGCUCCCCUUAGUUGGAUGCAAUCUAGCAAAGAGGAAAAUGGUGUGAAAGAGCAAUCCAGCAACUUAUUCAAUGUUUCUUUACUCUCAAAUGUUGCUGCCAUCAAAAGACAACAACUUAUUCGUGAGGACAAUAAUGCGUCUACUGAAGUUUCUAAUGAUACUGACACCGAAGCUCGACAAACAAAUGAGGGAUGCAGCGAGAGCAUGUUUCGAAGUGUCACAGAACUUUCAACAAGAGGUGAAGAGUUAUCCCACUUGCCAGAUAUUGAUAUGACCAAAGCACUGAAAAGACUUGCUAAUUGUGCACCAUUACCGGUUCAGCCUGAUGACAUAAGUGGGGAAUCUGAUACUGCUUCGUUAAGUGGAAAUUUUGUAUCGGAAUUCCACAUUCCUGGGCGAGAGAUUCCUCUGGACCUUUCUAUGAAGACUUAUGCUCGACUUGUUUCCUCUUCCUCAUUACAUUGGUUGCAUAGGUCAAUCAUGGGUAGCACCUACAACGGUAUGCCACAGCUAAAGUCGCUGUCGUGUAAUGUGGUAAAUGAAGAUAACAGUAAUGGUUCUGGAUCAGCUGUGGUUUCUCAGGUGUUAAAUUCCAUGUCGCUACACUCAUGGGUUUAUCCCCAGUCCACGUUGCCAUCUUUUAUCAUUUCAGCAUUGAUAACAUCUGGACCAGACAGAGGUGAAGAUGAUUUCCUACAAAAGAGACAAUUAGCAUGGGAAGAUGCUUUCCGAAGUCUAUAUUUUAUGUUUCGGAAGAAUCUCUGCAAAAUAUUUUAUGUUUGUACUUCACAGUUUGUGGCAAUGUUCACCGGAAGCUGUCAGGCAGGGGGUGUCAAACGCUCAUGCAAUGCCAAUGCCUAUAUCACUCAAUCAACUAGAAGAUUGAGAGCCAUGCUUAAAGACCUUGACAUAUGCUACUCUAUGCCUCUUUGCAAAACUAAAAUGGAUGAGACCACAGUUGAAGAUCUUGAAGAAAUUUCAGAGAUAGAGAAUCAUAACCUUGGCCAGACUCGUCGUUUACGUUCCGUUUCAAACAUAGAUAAUACUCCACAAUCGUUCUUAGCCUUUGAGGGUAACGAGAGCGUAAAUGGAGUAUAUGAUCUUCUGUUAAAUUAUAGGUCUUCUUUGGGAUUUCUUCUCACCGAAGACGUACCUGUAUUAUAUUCACCUGUGCCAUUUCAGAAUGCUGCAGUGUCUUCUCCUGAGAUCAAGUGCACGGAGAUGGUAAAAACAGAUCAUACAAGUUGCUACAUGGUCGAGAUAAAGAGUGAAUAUCUUCCGCCGUGGAUUAUUAGCAAUAUUUGUGCAAACGUGGGUGCUAAUGGACAAAACUUUGAAGCCAGCUUUGUGACCGAGCCAACCUCUGUUAGCUUAAACAUGGGUCUACCACAAAUCCCUGAGAAAACCAAGCCAGAGACUUCAGUCACCGAAGGCACAGGAGAAACAAAGGAUAAUGCGUCUGGAAUCCCUGGAUCAGUGGUCUGCCUUCAGCUUCAAUCAGGCUAUCUAAAGAGCUUGAAGUAUUGCAACAACUUGAACACUGUUUCUGUUUCGCUGUCUCCCUCGUGAUCUGUAUUUGCAUAAGAUGCUAACAUCUUC